AUGAUGGAAACUAUUAUGAAUAUUGCCAAAUGGAUAAAACAAACGAUCAGUCAAAUGAAUUUAUUCGAAGUUGAAAUGACACGUUCAGAAGAACUUGAUUUACGAAAAGCCAUUAUAUCAACACGUAUCUUUAUUAUAUUAUUAACAUUUACUCUCACCAUUCUUACAGUUUAUUCGGCGUUGGAUGAUCAAAAUCAAACAAUUAUCGUUCUAAAUCCAACUCAAUCUGAUUUCGAAAAUCUUUAUCGAAAAUAUCCAAAUACAUUAGCAUGUCCAUGCACGGAUAUUGCCAUUCCAUAUCGUUCAUUUAUUUCAAUAAUUCCAGAAUAUCAUCCAGUUUGUUCAAGUAUCUUCGUUUCUGAUAAUUGGAUCAAUAUAUUAUUUAAUCCGAAUAUAAGUUAUUAUUAUCCACUUGAUUUUCGUUCAUCUGCAAGUGGUCAAUUCCAAAUACUUUCUUCAUUUUGUUCUCUUUCUAAAAGAUUUGUUAAUGAUACAAUUGAUGAUUUUCUUUCAAAUGUUUUUCUGACUCCGGUUGUGCUUUCAUCAUAUUUACUUGAUCUUCAAAGUCAAGCACAAAGUUCAUUUAUACAAACAUUAACGAGCAAUGCUUUUCGACAAUUACUUCAAUUAGUUCGUAGUACAACGUUUACUAAUCAAUUGCAAACAGCUUUACGAACUUCAUCAUAUUUAGGAUUCUAUAUUUUUCCGAAUGGUAAAACAGCAACAUAUGCAAUUCAGAAUUUUUACUCUAGUAAUAAUAACACAAUAUGUUAUUGUGGUUUACAAUCUACUUGUUCAUCAUCAGUAUGUGGUUUUUUUGAUUUAUUUGCUUAUGAUACUAAAGGUGACUAUACAUCUUCGAUGUCACUUAUAGUCAAUGUACCUGGAUUUGUAGCUGAAUGUUAUGCCAUUGAAUCACUUCUUCAAUCGACACUUGAAUGUUUUUUUGAUUCAACAUGUAUAAAUACUGUACUACGAUUCCUUUCGAAUAAUAAUAUGACAGAUAUUAAACAACUUGAUGUUAAUCAAACUCAAUUUUCACCUCGAACUACUAUUGAUACACUUUUUACUAAUUUAUUUAUUGAAAAAUGGUCAACAAUAAGUUCUUUCACAGAAUAUUAUAAAAAAUGUUCUCCCAUUCUAUGUACAUAUACGUUCAUUCAACGUAAUAGUGCCCUUUAUAUCAUAACAAAACUAUUAAGUCUUUACGGUGGACUAGUUAUUGUACUUCGUUUUUGUCUACCUUAUAUCAUUAUUUGGUGGUAUAACCGUAAAAACAAUCAAACAAGAAAUAACACACCUGAAUAUCAAGCAGAACGUAUAGUCGAUUUUAAAGGUUCUGGUCAAACAUUUUUCGUUGCUUUGCAAACAUUAUGUUCACUUGCUAAAACAACAGUAUUCAAUGCUUGGUAUAAUUUUAAACAAUCUGCAUACAUCACUGACCAGGUUGUAUCUAAAAAAGAAAUGAUAGAACAUAUACAAACAACACUUAAUCAAUUUCAUUCAAACACAGUAGCUCAAUUUAAACAAAGUCUUACACUUAUUCAAUUUCAUUCAAUUAAUAUGUAUGCAGUAGGAGCUGGCAAUGUUCGUUUAGAAACUUAUACCUCAGCUAAUUCCACUAAUCAAUAUUUGGCCUUUUAUUAUAAACAGGUAUAUUGGGAUAAUUGUUCUUGUACAUUAAAUGACAAUUGUGUGUCUCCAAUGGGUUUUUAUAAUUAUUCUCAAAAAGAUUUGGCUUAUCCAAGUUCUUUAAUAUUUAAUAUACCACAAUUCUUUAUUGGUUGUUUUGUCUUACAAUCUGUUCUUCAAUCAUCACUUGAAUGUUUUUUCAAUCAAACAUGUUUAGAUGCUGUUCAAUUUCAAAUUCGUUCAAGUCAAUCAAUUAAUAUAACUAUUCUUCAAGCAAAUACAACUCGAUUUUUACCUGAAACACUUAUUAAAGUCAUAGUCGAUAAUCUCAUGCUCGAACAAUGGGGUGAUAAUAUUCAAUAUAGUCAAUAUUAUCAACAAUGUGCACCGGAAUCUUGUUCUUAUACAAUUACAUCACACAAUGAUUUUUCAUAUAUUAUAACACUUUUAAUUAGUUUAUUUGGUGGAGUUUCAAUGGCAUUGAAAUUAGCCAUUCCUAUCAUUGUCCGUUGGAUACGAAAUCUGUAUCGACCCAAUAUCAAUCCAAUAGAGAUAUUUAUUCUACGUUUAGUUCCUUCUCCUAGAAUUUUUCAACGGCUAUGCUUAGUAUGGAAUAAAUUUAAGAUGAAGAUAAUAAAUUUGAAUAUAUUUGAAAGUGAAUUAUCAUAUAAUAAUGAUCAUCGUCGUCGAAAAGAGAUAAUUAAAAUUCGAAUCUAUAUUUUAUUACUUACAAUAAAUAUUACAAUACUUAUUAUUUAUAAUUCAUUUUCUAUUCAAACUCAAUACACAACAAUCUCACAUCCAUCUCAAGAAACAUUCAAUAAUCUUCUAAUGAAUCUUCAAUAUUCGCCAACACUCGAAUGUCAAUGUCAGAAUAUAACUAUUCUCUACAAUUCUUUUAUUUUGAUCAGUCCUUAUUAUCAUCAACUUUGUUCGAGUGACUUUAUUAACAUGAAUUCUGGGUGGAUUAAUAUGCUUUACUCAUAUGGAAUCGAUGAAGAACAUCCAUAUGAUGACUUUCAAUUAUUUGCUUUACCACAGUUUCGUACAUUGUCUUCAUUAUGCAAUCUUGCUAAUCAAACAUUGACCGAUAGUUUAACUUCAUUUGCCUCAGAAGUACUGAUUAAUAAACAAGUACAAUCUCGUGAAGCCAUUGAAUCACAAGCUGAAACCAUUAUAACUCAAUUUCGUUUAUCAACAUGUCGAACAUUUGUUCGUAUGCUCGAUUUUAUUCGUGAGAUGGCUCAAGGUAAUGGAAUUGUUUCAACUAUUCAAUCGAAUUGGUAUUUUCAUUCAAUAAACAGAAUACAGUUUUCAUCAGUGUGGGCUACACCACGUUCAUAUGGUGAUGAAAAUAAUUGUUCUUGUGGUACAAACUCUAUGUGUACUUCUCUCGCACUAAUCAAUGGUUCAUUAAUACCUGGUUUUCGUAUUGGUUGUUAUGUACUCGACUCUCUUCUUCAAUCAACUUUAGAAUGUCUUUACAAUGUUAGUUGUAUUGAUCAAAUCAAAUAUCUUUAUAAUGUUACAAAUAUCGUUAUUCGUUCACUCAAUCAAAGCUUUUCUUUUCCAAAUGAAACUGUUCAAAGUCUUGUUGAUAAUCUUCUAAUUGAUAAAUUGGAAAGCAAUGUGUCUUAUGAACAAUAUUAUGCUGUAUGUUCACCUCUCUCGUGUACAUAUUCAAUCAACAAACGAGUUAAUCCAAUAUAUAUUAUAACAGUCAUUAUCGGUCUUUAUGGUGGAUUGACUGUUGCAUUGAAACUUGUGACUUCUCUUCUAAUGGAGAUACAAUAUUAUUUCAUGAUAAUUAUUCGAAGAAGAAGAAUCGAACC